AUGCAUAAAGCAACCUUCCUGGAGCUAUGUGCUGAGCUGGCCCGCGACCUGCGGCGCAAGGACAUCAGAAUGAGAGCUGCCCUUUCGAUCCUAGAAGACUACCUUCUGGCAGAAGAUGCUCCUUUGCUGGAAGAAAUGGCGGAGGAAGAUGAGGAGAUUGACCUGUACAAUGAAAUGACAUUUGGGUUAGAUCGAGACUCCAUGGAAGAGGAAGUGGCAAAAGCCCCGGCUCCUCCAGAUAAAGGCCCCGAGCUGAGUCUUGUGAGCAAAAAUGAGGCUGCGGUGGUGGCAGCGGUAGCGGUGGAGGAUGAGGAUGAGUACAAGGUCACUGAGCAGCCUGGCCUGGGGGCAGAAGAGGAGCAGCCCAUGCUGGAGGAGAUGGAAGAGGCAGGGGAAGAAGGUGAGGCAGAGCCUGGGGCUCGGCAUGAUGACUUUGCUGACAUGGAGGAGGAGAUAGGGAUAGAUGAACAUGAGGAGGAGGAGGAGGAGGAGGAGGAAGAAGAAGAGGAGCAGCAUGAUGAGGACAAUGAGGAGCAGAAUGAUUUGGGAGACCCAGCAGUGAUGAGAGCUGUGCACAGCAAGCCCACGCUGGAGAGCCUGGACUCAGCAGUUCUCGACAGCAGGAUUGGCUCCACCUGGGGAGAGUUCGAGGGCGAUGACUUGAUGGCUGCAGAUUCAUGUGCAUGGACCUCGUCCCCAAGCAGCAUCCUGUCGCGCCACAUGCUGGAGGACAAAGCCAUUCUCCAGGCAUUGGACAGGGGCCCCCCCAUGUCGCAUAUGAACCUGGACUUCCUUGUUUCCCCAGCGCAGAGGGGAUACCUGGGCUCCCCUGGACUCAAGCGCCCAGACUUCAGAAUGAUGUCCCCGAAAUCCUUCCCUCAGCGCUUUAUGCGGCAGCAGUCUCCCAUGAUGCCCCGCUCCAUGGCCUCCUCUCGACCGUACACGCCGCCACGCAGAGCCUCGCCUCUCUUCACCCCCAAUCAGAGCUCGGGGUAUGUGUCUCCGACCCCCUUUAGGCCCAUGUCACGCAACAUCAGCACCCCAAUGCAACCCCUGGCUAUGCACUUUGGCCCCAUGUCUCCCUCUCUGGAGCCCCCUCUCUUCUUCAGUCCACCAGCCGGCUGCCAGCUGAAGUUCAGUGUGCCCAGUCACAUGACCCAGCUGCACCCUCAGCAUCAGCGGAUCCUGAAUCAGCGGCAGCAGCGAGGGCAGGCGCAGAGCAUCUCCCCCAAGAAGGCAUGGUCCCUGAAGGCGGAUCCCUAUUCUGGGCUCAUGACACGCAAGGAGAAGGAUUGGGUGAUCAAGGUGCAGAUGAUACAGUUGCAGAGUGAGAAUCCUCACCUGGAUGACUACUAUUACCAGGCCUAUUACCACAGGCUGGAGCGGAAGCAGGCCGAGGAGGAGCUACUUGGAGGGCGCAACAAGCAGGAGCCCCCUAAGCUGGUCACACCGUACAUCCAGAAGAUGGAGAUCUAUGAUUCUGUGGUGCGGAUUGCAGGCUCGCUGGGCCAGGUUGCUGUGUCCACGUGUUACAGCCCCCGCAGGGCAAUCGACGCUGUGCACCACGCCCUGCAGGAGGAGGCUGCGGGGAACCAGCGACUUCGGGCACUGCACAGAAUCGAGAAGAUGUUCCUGCAGCUGCUGGAAGUGGAGGAGACUCAGCGAAAGAUGAGCCUGCUCCCUGAAGAGCAGCACCCUCGUUUCCAUGAGAAGAAGAGCCAUGAAGUGGGUCGCAUCUACCAGGCCCUGAAGAUCAGGGCAUGCGACAGUGAGGAGGAGGCGGAAGACGAGUUCCUGCAGGUCCUAUGUGUGCGGAAGGGGAAGAAACUGACCGCGCGGCUGCUGCCGCACCUGGCACGGGAGCAGGCAGAGAAGAUCCUGGUCACUGUCACCCGCCACCUGCCUUUCCUCAUGAGGAAGGACGUGCUGGAUGAGUCCCUGCCUGUCCUGUAUGGCCCCCUCAGCGAGAUGGUGGGCCGGAUGACCUUCAGCGAGCUCAUCGAGGUCCUGCAGGAGCUGACCAGGCCGCUGGCUGGCUCCACCGAGCUGCCGCUCACCAUGACCUUUAAGAAUCAGUUUGGGAUCUCGCUCCUGUACGCCCUGCUGAGUCACGGCGAGAGGCUGCUCUCCUCCGACAUGCCACUGGAGCCACACAGCGGGGACUUCGAGAAGUGGACGGACACUGUGUUCCUGGUUGCCAGGGAGCUGUCCCAAGUGCCCAAGACCGCCCUGGUGGAGCCUCUCUUCCUCCCCAGCAACCUCCUAUCUUUGUUCUGCCGCUACCUGGACAAGCAGACCAUCCACCACCUGGAGGCCAAGAUGGAGUGCUCCCCUCUGCCCUCGGAGGCUGCCAUGCCAUGCUGAGACCUCCCAGCCCUGGGAAGUGGAUGAGACCAGCUUCCUGGGCAGCAGUGCCCAUCUUUUCUGAGACGCACAAGCAGGGGACAUCACCUUGUGACUUUGUUUCCAAAUCAGACACUAUCCCCGGCACAAGGGGACUUCGUGUUUUUUGCCCCAGCACCGGGAGGAGCGAGACUCAGGGUCUGAUCACAGCCCUCUCCAGCGCUGGUGUCUGGGGGCACAGCACAAGGGACACGGGUAACUUAUUUGGGCCUCGCCCCGCAGAGGCAAGCACUGGAGCACAGCGGGCACAAGGCAGAUCUGUACAGUGGGCACGGGGAGCACCUGGUGGCGGGCAAUUGAGGUUGACUGUGUACAGCACUCGCUAAAAUAAAGGCGAUUAACAAGACCCCUUGGCCUCGGUAUGUGAAGUCUCCAGCUUGGGCAAGCCCCCAGGGUUCUGUGAACAAGGAGUUGGAGUCACAGGGCAUGGAAGUGCAGCCAAGAGACCACAUGCUCCCACCAAGCUCCUGGCACAUGGCUCCUCAGCAGCUGCUCCGUCACACACCUUCUCUGUUUGGGCACAGCUCUGGUGUGUGCAGCCCCCACAGAGAACCUUCCUGGGCCAAACCGCAACAGUUUUGUGUGUCGGCAUGGAGUGGGGCAUGUGGAUAGACUGGCUGCCCGAGCUCCAGGCUCUGCAAAUGACCGAUCUAACUCCUCUCUCUCGGAUGCAGCACCGAGGCAGGCGCACAGAAUGCCAGCUUAUGUUGAGUGGUCUGUUUGGGGUCAGCCUGGAGAACAAUCAGUGAUGGAAAACUCCCAUGCCCCAUCUACUCUGGACACAACAAUGAGCUGCCACUCUCAGGUUUCCUGUCAUCCUAAUGGGAUAGUCCCUCCUCACUACCUGCAUGCUCUGAUCAACUGGGAAUUAGUUAAUGAUGCUGGCAGUUUAAAGGUGAUCAUUAGGCUUCAGAGACAGCUAUCCAGGGAGCUGAGUAGAAGCAGUUCAGAUGUGUCCCAAACUUACUGUCGCAGGCUGUUUGCAGAC